GCACCUUAGGACUUUUCAGUUCAGUUCUGUCCUUAUAUAGGAAUAUAAAAAAAUGAAUAAAUUACCCUGAAAAACAGAAAAGAAUUACUCUGAAAAACACAACACAUAACUCAGUGAAUGCAAUACGCUUCUGUAUAAGGUCUUGAUACUAGGACUAAUAUGUAAGAGGUGUUAAUUAGCUGUUCACUUUUUGUAUAGAAACAGUCUAACUAAAUCUCUCUUUUUUCAUUUCUUUCAUGGAUUCGCCUAUCAGAUGAUGGCAGCACCCCAGAAAUUCCUACUGCGUGUUUACAUUGCCACAGAUGUUGCCAUGAAGGUAACUCUGACUGAGCGGCCAGUGUCAUUGGAAGAGCUAAUCAACAUACUGCGAGAGAAAGUCAAGCCAAGACUGGACUUUGAAUUUACCCUGCAGUAUGAAGACCCUGACUUUGGUGGACAACUAAGCUGCCUAGUUGAUAUUCAAGAGUUACCAGAGAAAGGAACAUUGAAAGUGGUCAGAUCAGAAAGUGACAACAGCUCAUGUGCAAGUUCUGAUACAGACAUACUGCCUCAUGUGCCCGUGAGCCAGCGUUAGAAGAGAUGGCCUGACAUUUUCACUGUGCCUACUUUUUCCUAUGAAGUGGAGCAUGUACUUGAAGAGGGAAACAUUGCCUUUGAGAGAUCUGGAAAGACACUGAAAUUAACCAGAGCCCAAAAGCACAACAUCUUGGAAAACAUGGCUGCAGCGAUGCAAAACUUCAAUGCUUAUCCGAGUGACAAAGAUGUGGGUAAGGCAGCUGAAGCACUUGUUACAGCUCAUCCAUGUCUUAAAGAGCCUGGAAGUGUGAGUGGAUGGUACGGAUGGAAGGUGAGCCUGAAGUUCAAGAUGGGGAAUUAUCGAACCAAAUUGGCCCGAUCCGGAUGUUUGGAGGUGUGUGUCAACUCAGGCAAAAGGAGCAGAAACAAUCCUGACAGAGAACACCCCCACUCCAACAUAAAAAGAGCCAGACAAGCUGAAGUGAACUAUCUUCCAAACUUUCCCAAAGGAGAAAACCAGGCCAGUCUGGAAGAAAUCAGACUACAGAUCAUGCACGAAGUUUCAAAGACUGAGAGAAACCUACUGUUGAUAGAAAAGCUCAUGCAGAUGACCUUUGCCCUUCGUCGCCAGGAGAUUGUUCAGGAAAACCCAUUGGUGAAGGACUUCUUGGAGAGAUGGCCGGCCCUUCAGAUUGAAUCGCAGGUUUGUGCUGAGUUCCACCGCAUCACAAACGUCAACUUACGGAACCAGUUCUUUGCUGAGCUUGACCGACACACACCACAACUGAUGGCCUUAUACAGACAGAAGGCGGCACGCACAGGGAAGAUAGCAGAGGCGCUGCGUGACAUCUUUAAGAUUUAUGAUCUCCAGCAACUCCAGGAUGUCCACAUUAAACGGACCGCAGUCCUUCGUGCCCUUCCGAUAUACCUACGUGAGGAGGACCCACAGUUUUUCAAGAUUUGGAAUGUGGAGGAGUCGAGCGAGGCAGACAUCACUGACACACCUGUUGCUCUUGUCACGGUGGUCACAGAGAGCACUACAAGUCCAGUUCAUCUCAGUCCUGCAAGCAUUGCCAUUGUGGUGGAAGAUGAUCUUGUGAUGAGCAAUAUCCCCAGGUUGGCUGAUGCAUUCGCACUGUUGUUUGGGUUGACGUAUGCAAUGCAUUUGGACUACCCCAAGAAACUUAUUCAGACUUUUACCUUCAUCCAGAAGGUACUGAUGGGUCUUGAUGAUGGUAAACCGCUAAAACCCUGCCUACUUAAUCUCAAAAAUGACUUGUUACUGAUAGAGUAGGCCGGCCAAGUUACAAAUUAAGUGUACGUUCCUGCAUAUACACUAGUUUGUUUUGCCCAGUAUUAUAUCUUGACAGUAUGUGUUUUAAUACAUUGUUGCUAAAGCAUUUGAAUGUAACGGUUUGGCAAGUUGUCUUGCCCACUAAAUCUACCUCUGUUGUUCAUGUUUGCACUUAAUGUUUUUAAAUCCUGAAAGAAUGUGAGAUGUGUCUUUUACAAUAAGUAAUUAUCAUACAUUUUGUUUUUGCUUACAAGCAGGAUAGACUUGAUGUCUUGUUUUUUUGUUUUAAUUUAAUUUUUUAUUGAUUCAUUCAUUUUAUUUAAGUUUUACAUAAAGCACUUAAAUUGUGGAGUAUGUACUACACACAUUGCGCAAAGAUGUAUACAAUCACACAAAAUCAGGAGGUGUUCAAGAUAUUUUAUAUUUACAGUUACAUUUGCAGCUACAGCAGGGCUGUCUAACUAUGCUGUUCAGUUCCUGGAUCGGUUGUUCCAGUGUGAUUGCCAAGUAGAUACAGUUAGGUCCAGAACUAUUUGGACAUUGACACAAUUUUCAGUAUUCCAGCUCUGUCUAC